AUGUUCCAGGAUGCUUCCGUGACAUCGAGCUGUUGCAUUUUGCUUUGGAAGAACUCAGUAAAAAUAUUUACCUAAUGAUUAAAAAAAACUAGUUAGGUGCAAAUUUGCUGGUGACACAGUGGGUUGUAUUUUUAUUUUUUUCGAUGAAAGAAGUUGUUUCUGUGCAGAAAAGCAAAGUGUAGACGUGUAUAGGUGGUGUUUUGACCAAUCAGUCGUGGCGCCAGCAGCAGAAGGGUAUAAAUGUGAGGCAGUUGCCGUAGAGACGUCUGCCACUGAGGAGUUGAACGCAAGAGCCGGUGAUAUCUCGGAAGGAAAAUGUGUGAUGAGAGCUAAGUUGCAGCAAGCCAUACUUCCGACGCCAUAGUUUCCCUCUUCAUGGCCUUUGGACAACACAAUGUCUGAUGUGAAAGUCUGUCCAACUGUGAGUGGAAAUCCCCCUCCACCUGAAGUCAUUAAUCCCAAGGCCCCUGGGCGUGUGACCAAUCAGCUGCAGUAUCUGGAGAAGGUGGUGAUCAAAGCUUUAUGGAGGCAUCAAUUUUCGUGGCCCUUCCGCCAGCCUGUUGAUGCAGUAGCUCUGCGUCUGCCAGAUUAUUAUACAAUUAUUACAAAUCCUAUGGAUCUGAGCACUAUUAAGAAGCGUCUCCAGAACAAAUAUUACUGGCAAGCACUUGAAUGUAUAAAAGACUUCAACACCAUGUUCACCAACUGCUAUAUGUAUAAUCGGCCUGGAGAUGACAUUGUACUCAUGGCUCAGACCUUGGAGAAGCUUUUUUUGCAGAAAGUUUCCGAAAUGCCGAAAGAAGAGCGUGAAGUUACAGCAGUUACAACAAAAGACCCAGUGAAAGGGAGGAAGAACAACACAGGUGCAUUAAAGCAGAGAUCCCUUAUGUCAGAAGUUGUUCUCCAGCAGACGGUGACAGUCAUUCCUCCUGAUGUGCCUCAUUCCAUCCCACCCAUCCAGCUCUCUGAGCAAAUCGAUGCAACAAUCAAAAAAGGUCUUAAGAGGAAAUCAGACCCCACAACCUCCACCACCUCAGCGAUCACCAGCAGCGAGACAUCUCUUGCUGACCGUCAUUCAGCACCUUGCAUAUUAUUGUCCAGACGAGGCAGUGGAAGGCCCAUCAAACCUCCUAAGAAAGACUUGCCUGCCUCUGAGGGCAAGAAGGUCAAGCUGUCUGAGCAGCUGAGGUACUGCAACGAUAUCCUGAAGGAGAUGCUCUCAAAGAGGCACUAUGCACAUGCGUGGCCCUUUUAUACCCCUGUUGAUGCGGUGGCUUUAGGCUUGCACGACUACCAUGACAUUAUCAAACAGCCUAUGGACCUGAGCACCAUCAGGAAAAAAAUGGAUCAGCGAGAGUACGCAAAUGCAAAAGAGUUUGCUGCUGAUGUCAGACUGAUGUUCUCCAACUGUUACAAAUACAAUCCACCUUCACAUGAAGUAGUCUACAUGGCAAGAAAACUGCAGGAUGUUUUUGAGGCCCGAUAUUUGAAGGUUCCACAAAAGCCAGAUGGUUGUUCCGUACCACGUCAGCGAGUUGACAAGGGAAAAGGAGAAAGAGUUCGAAGUCCAUCAACCUCAGCAAGUUCUGAAAGUGAAAGCUCCUCCGAGCCAGAAGGUUCAUCAGAAGAGGUGGCCAUGCAGUUGGCCAAUCUAGAGGAGCGGUUGAAAGCAGUAAGUGAUCAGCUGAAGAGACUUACCCAAGAUCCCCUGAUGAAACCAAAGAAGAGAGAGAAGUUGAAAAAGGAAAAAAGAUCUAAAGAAAGGGAUAUUGCUAGGCUGAAGUACAAAUCCUCAAAAUACAAAUCUAUCGUAGAGAAAAUGACCAACAAGAGCUCUACUUUGUGUGGCAACAAACACAAUAUUCAUGGAGGACCCAUAAAAUGUGAGGCCGAGGUUCCAUCAAUACCAAUGACUUACCAGGAGAAAAAACAGUUGAAAUUGGACAUCGACAAGCUGCCUGGUGACAAACUGGGAAAGUUGGUGAAUAUCAUUCAUGCCAGGGAGUCCUGUCUACGAGAUUCUGCUCCAGAGGAGAUUGAAGUUGACUUUGAAAUGCUCAAGACCUCCACACUGAGAGCUUUGCAGAGGUUUGUUGCAGCAUGUCUGAGGAAAUGCAACAAGAGCAUUAACAAAAAAAAGCCAGUGAAGCCCACUGAAGGAAUGCAGACUGGGAAAUUAAAGGAUGCUGGAAGAUCUCAGGUUGUGGGUAAAGAGCAGGACUUGAUUAAAAAGAAAAAGCCUGUAGCUAAAGUCAUUGCGUCCCCUGACCUCAGCUGCCAGUCACGCCUCAGUGACAGCAGCAGCAGCUCAUCAUCCAGCUCUGACAGCAGCAGCAGUAGUAGUAGUCAUUCUAGUGCUUCUGAUAGCAGUGACUCUGAAUCAGACUUUAAGAAUAAAAGCUAUUCAUCAGCACAGAGAGUGCCAAAAACAAAGAAGCAGAAAGGGAAGGACUCUUGCCAAAAGGUUAAGACAAAGUCAAAGGUGACUCGCACUGCCUGUAAUAAGCAUAUACUGGAGAUGAAAGAUUUGUCAAAAGCCCCAGUCAAGACUUGCCAGCCUCCUCCUGCUCUGCAGUCCCUGUUAGCACAAAGUAAAGGCCACUCGACACAGGCUCAUGCAGACCAGACGUGUGAUGAGAUGACUCUGUCGCCUCCAGAUUUGUCUGCCCUGUUGUCCCCCAUGGCAUCGCCAGGAAUUUUGCUAGACUGGGCUGCCACCAGAUUUGAGCAGGGCCCGGUGCUGUCCCCUCUGACAGAUAGCCCACUGCAGUCCAAAGAGGAGACGAGGCCCAAUUUCAGGUACCCUGAAGAUUUUCCUGACAGUCAGGUUACUAACGUGCCUUACACCAACACAGCAAGUAAAUCUGCUGAUCAGGAAAAAACCCAACUCCCCAAAAAGGACAUUGUUCUGAAAAAUGCUGAGUCUUGGGCGAGACUGGUGAGACAGUCAGUCAACUCAACUGCAAUCAAGUCAUCAAAGGAGAGCUUCCAGCAGUUCCGUAAGGCUGCAAUAGAAAAGGAAGAACGUGAAAAAGCACUGAAGAAGAAACAGAUGGAAGAAAACAAGGAGAGGGAGAGUCCUGAAAAGAGCCUACCAGGCCAAACAGAAAAAAAUCCACAACCUGCUAAAGAAGAUCCUGAUUCACCAGAGAGCAUUUGCACAGAGGUCACCUUAGAUGUUCCCGAAGAUAUGGAGCCGCAACAGCCAAAGUCUCCCGUGGAAACACAACUUCUAACCACACAGUCCUCGGUGGAUCGGGAAAGAGAGAUGGCCCGCAAGAAGGAGCAAGAGCGUCGCAGGCGAGAGGCAAUGUCUGGUAUUGACAUGACUAUGCAGCGGGACAUCAUGACUACAUUUGAGCUCAACCUGGACUGAAAAUAACCUGGGAUUUACUUGAAAAAUAAGCCCCUUGUGCAAAACUUCUAUUUGUUGUCUCAGUGAAUAACUUUCCCGGGCACAAGAGACAACUUCUCUACAAGCUGAUGUAUGUUCUUGAGUCUAAAAUGUUAAUUGUAAAAAACAUUAAAUAAAAUAUAAACGGGUCUUGCCCUUAAUUUGUA